AUGGGAUUAUUCCAGAAUAUCAGCAUCGGCGUGGUUUCUGAAAAAAGCUACACUGCUGGUGUGCAAAUUCUGAUCUAUUUGUUCAAAAUUGAUGCAAGAAGUUAUGAGUGCUUGAAUGCCAUAGCUUGUAAUGAUAGAACUUUACUGCUAAAACCAGCUGAACUUCUUGAAAUCGGUUCUGUUUUGCAAGACAAGAUUCCAGUAGUUAAGCGGUUUACUGGAGGAGGCACUGUAAUUGUCGAUACAAGACAAUUUUCGUCACCUUCAUAUGCUACACGGAUGGUCUCCCUAGUGUACAACCAUAUCCUAGGCCCAUCAUGUCAUGGAGCAGCCAACUGUAUAGCAAAGUGUUUCAAGGAGUUGGAGAUUUCUCUCUUCAUGAAAAUGGCAAGAGAUCAUUUGGACUUUAUCUGCCGCAUGAAGGAUUAUAUAUCUCUUCUAGAAUUCAUCAAUAGAACCAUAUCUGCACUUGGCAGCCAGUUUUCUGUAACUUCUCUGGAGCUUGAAUCAUUUGACUGUCCUGAUGACGCGAAAUUUGUGCCCUCCUCUAGACUACUGGGAAAACAAGAACUGGAGGAAAGUUUUGGAGUCUGA